AUGGAGGCGUUCCUACAAGCAGGGGCCCCAGCGUACCUCCUUGAUGUCAUCGAGUUCAUCAGUCUGCAUUACCUCUCCCGGUUCGUUCCAGACUGCUGCGGUUCGCUUCAAACGUCCGUGCAGGAGGCCGAGUCCAGCGUUGAAAAGGUGCAAGCCUUUUUGUUAUUGGCCAUUGUGCUGCACGGACGACAACAGCCGGAUGAAGCCAAGUCCUGCCUGGCGCAGGCCAUCCAACUCAGCCUGGAACUGGGCCUUCAUCGCCGGGAGAUCUCCGACGCCAUGAGCCUGCAGAAUCCAGUUCAAGCGGAAUCUCUGCGACGCACCUGGUGGGAAAUCGUGGUUGUGGAUGUCUUACUGGCUGCGGUGCAGCUGGAUGGCGUCUUGCAGUUCCACAUGACCGAGACCCCCGACGUGCCUCUGCCAUGCGAGCAGGAGGAAUACCAGCAGGGCUGUAUAGGAGUACAGAUGUAUACAAUGGCCAACCUGGAGCGUCGCAGCCUUCUUUGCGACAGCCAGUUCUCCUCCUUUGCAUACCGGGUUGAAGCGGCCCUGCUGCUUCGGAAAUGUCUGCUGGCAGGCGAGACGCAUAUCUCCCAGGAAGCAUUGGACAGCCUGAGCGCAACCAUAACUGGCUGGUUCCAUCGGUUGCCAAAAUCCAAGCGUGCCAUUCUCCAUCCGAUGGGGGAGGUAGACGAGAUGAUGCUGCAGGCCGCGGCCCUCGUCCACUGCGCCUCUAUCUACCUCCAUUUCCCCCGGUCCUCCCUCCUACCCUUUCUCCCCAUCAGCGGUCGCAUUUUCUGCUCGCAGCCCCCUGUCUUUUCGUCCACCUCGCUCGAUCCGCAGAUGCACACGGCCAAGGUAGCGGCCGGUUCAGUGAAUCUCUCCAAGUUGGCGUCGUUAUCGACAGCGGUCGCCAAUCACACCCCAUUCUUCGCCUGUGUUCUCAAUCUAAGCUCAAUUCUCCAAGUCGCCUUGCUUGCAGCGGAAUGUCUGCCGUUGUCAGCUGUCAACCAACCUUACCUCUCACUGAAUAUUGGCGUGCUUCUGUCCAUGGGUGACACCUGGCCCAUUGCUGGCAGCUCCAUGCAACGUAUCCGGGAGAUCGUCAUGGAAAUACAGGCUGCAGCUCCAUGCAGUUCCAGGCAACUUUUGGACACAUUCCCUCUCACUGCAUAG